UUCGCUGGCACUCAUUUCACUCCCCGAGGACUCCUCUUCGCCCUUCUCUCCUUCGCCGCCGCUCUCCGUCGCCGCCGGCAAGCACCGGCGAGCCCUCAUCGAGCCGCCGAUCGCUUCAUCGGCCCCUUGUACGCCUCCGAUCCAUCCAUCAGCCGCCCGAUCUGCGGCUCCGCCGUGCCAUGUCCGUUUCCCAGCCGGCGCCCUUCGCCGCUCGCCGCCGCUCGAAGCGCAAGCUCCAGGACUAUGAACCUCAGGAAUCCAUGAACCCUCGCUGCGUUUCUCGCUCCGAUCUCUCCUUGCUUCGCCCCUUCUCCGCGUCGUCGUCCUCUCCGGUUCUCCAAUUCUUCGUUCGGGUUGGAUCUAAAACCCUAGUUCUUCACGCUCAGGCUGAUACAUCGAUCCAUUCGGUGAUCGAUCAGAUCGGCGUCCUGACCCAGAUCCCUGUCCCUGUCCUCGAUGUGCGCCUCAUCCACUCCGGCCGCCAGCUCGAGCUCGACCGCACGCUCUCGAGCUACAACAUCGGGGAUGAUGCCUGCCUCCAUCUCGUCGCUCGGCUUCGGAGCACGGUUCAUCCUAGAGCUUGGCAACUUGUCAACGAUCUCAUCUCCGCCAUCUCUCGCCUCAACUCGAUCAUCCCCCUCUCUCCCAUCGCUCGCCACCAUUACCGAUCCCUUGUGAGCAGUCUUGUCAAGGAGUUCUUGAGGUGCACCCCUCCCGACCCUGAUACUUGCUGGGGUCAUCUCCAGGUAUUCGCCUUCUCUGGCGCCCCUGAGGCUCUUGUGAAACUAUUGAUUUCCGCUGAUGAUUUCAAUCGGAGUGUAGCCGAUGAGACCAUCCGGCUUUUUCUCUCGAGUGAACCAGAUCAUCUGAUGAAACAUCUGCAUCCUCACUGCGCUAGAAUUGUUUUAGAGUUUUGCAAGCUGCUUGCUUGGGCUGUUGGUAAUAUGAACCCUCUUUACCUUGCUUGUAGAGGUGCUUUAGGGUCGUUGCUUAAGGCGUUGGAAUCCAAGUACUUUGUCCGCAUUGAUUCUUCGAAAAUGGUAGAGGAGUUGCUUCCUUUUCUCAAGGAAACUUCAGGGCAGGUGAUUGAGGAACUGACCAAUAUGACCACUGGGGCUGAACAAGUGGAUGUUUCAGAGUUCUCGGAUUUUAUGCUGGUGAUGCGCAGGGCAGUGCGUGACCUUAUUGGUGGGAAGCGGUGUGUGUCAAAGGAAAUGCUCAAUGUUGAACUCCCAGACUAUGAGAAGUGGUUGGGUACUCUGCAUUCGAUAUUCAUUGACCUUUUGGAGAAGGUGGAUCACUGUUUGGGGAAGGUGGGAGAUUUAUUGUCACAGAGAGGGCCACUGCAUGUUGACUCUAAGUGGGGGAGAUUCGCCAAUUUGCUCUGUAUCUUGACAAAGUUGCAUGCAUUUUCUAAAAUUUAUGAAGGUGGUGAUGAGUUGCUGCAUGCACUUCUUAUUGCCCGACGGGCUCCUGUUAAUGAGCUUAUCAAACAUGCCAAGAAGAAUCAAAAGCUCCGGUGGUUGCUUAGGCAUAAGGAUGUGACUGACUUUGAGUCAAGGCGGAAUUUGGUCUUGAUGCUUUUUCCAGGGGGGAAGGAUGACUAUGAUGAUCUGCAUGAAAUGCUCAUAGAUAGGUCCCACUUGUUGGCUGAAUCUUUUGAGUAUAUUGGGCAAGCUGAAGCCACUGCAUUGCACGGUGGGCUGUUCAUGGAGUUCAAGAAUGAGGAAGCCACUGGUCCUGGUGUUUUGAGGGAGUGGUUCUGUUUGUUGUGCCACGCCAUCUUCAAUCCUCAAAAUGUUCUUUUUUUGCCUUGCCCGAACGAUAGGAGGAGGUUCUUCCCGAAUCCUACAUCUGUGGUUGAUCCAUUACACCUCAAAUAUUUUGGUUUCUGUGGACGGGUUAUUGCAUUGGCUUUGAUGCACAAAGUGCAAGUAGGCAUUCUACUUGAUCGUGUGUUUUUCCUGCAACUUGCCGGGAAAGAUGUUACUUUGGAUGAUGUUCGGGAUGCUGAUCCAUACUUAUACAUGAGCUGCAAAAGAAUCCUGGAAAUGGACGCUGAACUACUGGAUUCUGAUAUUUUAGGGCUAACAUUUGUCCGAGAAUUUGAAGAACUGGGGAUUCGUAAGUCUGUUGAGUUGUUGCCUGGGGGGAAGGAUAUUGCAGUGAAUAGUCGCAAUAGAUAUGAGUAUGUUAAGCGUCUGGUUCAGCAUCGCUUUGUCACAUCAAUAUCUGAACCAGUUGCUUAUUUUACUCAAGGUUUUGGGGAUAUUCUUAGUAAACAAAGCUACCAAAAGUUGUUGUUUGAAAGCCUAGACCUCGAAGAUUUUGAUCGGUUGCUAGGUGGAACUGAUGAUGUUAUUAACGUGAAAGACUGGAAAGCACAUACUGAGUACAAUGGUUACAAGGCUAGAGAUCGUCAAAUCAUUUGGUUUUGGAAGAUUGUUGAGGGCUUGCCCAUCGAUCAGCAAAGGGUGCUUCUUUUCUUCUGGACGUCUGUGAAAUACCUGCCAGCAGAUGGUUUCCGUGGUCUCUCCUCCAAACUGUACAUAUAUAGAACUGUGGAUUCUCAAGAUCGCCUACCAACAUCACACACCUGCUUCUACCGUCUCUGUCUGCCGCCGUACCCUUCCUUGUCCAUCAUGCGUGACCGGCUUCACGUGAUCACCCAAGAGCAUGUCAGCUGCAGCUUCGGCUUCUUGUAGCACAGUGACAACAAGGUGAACAUGUAAAUACCUGUAUAGUUUAAGCCUCUGACAAAUCAAAUGCCUAUUUAUGCUAGAAAUGUCUUAUGCCGAGAGGUCUUUUCUGCCAUUCUAACCGGAAGUUCCUUUUUAGUAUGAUUUUCUGCUGUUUUGUUGCAUAGAAAAGGGUUAGAUCCUCUUCAGGAAAUCUGUCAAUGUUGUUGAAAACUGAAGGGCAAAGGUUUUCUUCUUCUUGUUAUUUUUGUUCUUCUCUUCUUCUUCAUGAAAUCUGCAGAUAGUUCUUCUUUCCUCAAUGCUGGAAAGUUGAAAGUGAAAACAAAAUCAGGUCUUACUGACCCCAUUGUGUAAAUAUUCGUCCUUUCAAUUAGAAUUCCAGAUAAAAGAAUUUUUAUUUC